AUGUCCUCCCUCCCCCCCAACGUCCACAUUUCCACCCACCCCUGCCUCCAAGCCAAACUCUCCCAACUCCGCUCCACCUCCACCACCGCCCGCGACGUCAAAACCCUCAUCAACGAAAUAACCCUAAUCCUCGGCACCGAAGCCCUCGCCAGCGCCCUCACCAGCUCCCCAGGCCCAACAGACACAACCCCCCUAGGCUUCACCUACCCAACAACCCACCUCUCCCCCUCAACCAUCUCCCUCGUCCCAAUCCUCCGCUCCGGCCUGUCCAUGGUCGACCCCCUCUCUUCCCUCUUACCCCAUCCCCCACCAAUCCACCACCUCGGCCUCUUCCGUGAACCCUCCACCCUCCUACCGGUAGAAUACUACAACAACCUCCCCAACCACCUCUCCUCCUCCUCCUCCUCCGAAAAAACCCCCGACCUCACCAUCGUCCUCGACCCCGUCAUCGCCACCGGCGGGACUUCCGCAGCCGCGAUCCAGACCCUAAAGGAAUGGGGUACAAAGCGUAUUCUCGUCCUAUCCAUCCUAGGAGCCAAGCCAGGCGUCGAACUAGCGGCGAACGAAUGGCCAGAGGGGACAGAGAUCUGGCUUGCCGGGUUGGAUGCCGAGCUCACCGAACGUGGCAUGCUCAAACCAGGCAUGGGAGACGUGGGGGAUAGGUUGUUCUUGACCAUCGGGAAGUAG